AUGCCCACCUUGAAUGGUGACUCGAUGCUUUGUAUUUUGAUGAUAUUGCAUGAGGUUCGUGAUGUAGAGGUAGCCAGGGCUGGGAAGUUUCGGUUCGAGUUACAAGGCAGGGUGGUUGAAUAUGGUGAAACGAAAUUUUGUUUGAUUAGCUGUUUGAGAUUUGGACCGUAUGUUGAUAUAAAAAAUACAAAAGUCACCACAAGUUCAACAUUAAGGAAUCGGCUGUUCCCUAGUGUGAAAGAUGAAGAUUUACGGAUGAAAGAUUUAGAAGAGUAUAUAAAAGGGCUAGCAUUCUCGACGUGUAGCGAUGAGGAUGCGAUAAUGGCUAUGCAAAUGAUGUUUUUGUUGAGGGGUCUCAUAGGACGAGACAAUAAUACGUGCAUUCUGCCGGCAAUGUAUGAGCUAGCCGAUAGUCAAUAUUAUUGGAAUAGGUUUGUGUGGGGUAUGUAUUUGUGGAUGUAUAGUGAAACACAAUUACGAUUAUGGUUUGGUAAAAUCUAUAGAUAUUUACGUGAUAAUGAGAGUGUGGGCUACGCGAAUAUGAUGAAGUAUACAGUUACCGGUUUUCAACUUCCGUUUAAGGUUAGUUUUACGUGCAAUUACUUAUAUUUUUUAAGUGCUUAUUGA